AUGGAAGUAGCUGUGGGUCGGCUUAUCGCGAGGCCUGUAUUUUUCUCAGGUGACGUUUUGGAGUUGCAAUCACCCUCGCGCCUCGACAGAUGCGUCGCGGCCGACCCAUCUGCGCGUCCCCCGCGGCGGCUCGCGCUGCAUUCGUCUGCCAAUGCGCCCAGCACGGCCAGGCGGAAUGCGCGGCGCAGCGCGGGGCAGGCGGGCGAGGAGGGUCGGUUCGGCGGGAGCAGGGGCAGCAGGGGGCGGUGGGUGGCGCGCAGCAGUCUGGCGGAGCACCACGGCACGGACGCCGCUGCCUCGCGCACACAGGAGGCUGACGUGGCAGGUAGCAGCGGAGCCGAUGCGGCAGCGGUAGAGGAGGCGGCGGCGGCUGUGGUGGACCUGUCGGACGUGAUGGAGUGGGAGCUGGACUUCUGCUCGCGCCCGCUGCUGGACGAGCGCGGCAAGCGCGUGUGGGAGCUGCUGGUGUGCGACAGCAGCCGGCGACUACAAUUCGCCGAGUACUUCCCGUCCAAUCGCAUCAACUCCGCCACGCUCAAGGACGCGCUCUUGCGAGUAAUGGACGCCACGGGCGCGCCCAAGCCGCAGAAGAUCCGCUUCUUUAGGGCGCAGAUGGCGACGAUUAUAUCCAAGGCGGCCACGGACCUCGACAUUCAGCCCGUGCCCAGCCAGCGGUGCGUGACGUUGCUGCGGUGGUUGGACGAGCGCUACGACGCGGUGUACCGCGUGCAGCCCAACUUCCAAGCCAACGCGCCGCCGCUGCUGCAGCUCGAGGCGGCGGCACCGCAGGACCUGCCGGACACGCUGCGGGGCGAGCAGUGGGCGUUCGUGCAGCUGCCGCUAUCCGGCAUACUGGAGGAGAUGCAGCGGGUGCGUGCGGGCGACAUGUUUGGGAGCGUGUUGGACCUGGCGGCCAUGGGCCUCGCAUCCCUACCGCCCGACUCCAUGGUGCCCGGCGUCGCCGUCGCCUCCACGCGAGCCACGCCCCUCGCAGCGUGGACGAGUGCAUUGGAGCUGGCGUCGCUGCGGGUGGACCCCUCCAAGGCAUGCCUGCUGCUGGCCACGGGGGUGGCGGACACGUGGCGCUACGCCUUCUACCGCCGCUCCAUGGCAGCGGAUGCAGAGGCGCGUGCGUGGGAGGAGGCCAAGCGUGCGUGCGGGGGCUUGCACUUCCUGGCCGUGCAGAAGGACCUGGAGGAGGAGGAGUGCACCGGCUUCUGGUUGCUGCAAGAUGCCGACCCGCCACGCUUCUAG